AUGACCAACUCCUGUCUGUGGGUUGCAGUGCUGGAGGGCAGUGUGGUGGGUGUAGUGGCGGCCUGUGCCCUGCGGGGGGAAGCUGGCACUGUGGAGCUGCAUCGCAUGUCGGUGGACCGGCGCUGUCGGCAACGUGGGGUUGGCGUUGCCCUCGGGCGGAAGGUUCUACAAUUUGCAGCGGACCGUGGUUACCUCUCUGUCGUCUUGGGAACCACGGCCUACUCGCCGGCUGCUCACCAGCUAUACCAGACUCUGGGGUUCCGAUGUGUCGGCGUCACCAAGGGAUACGCCACGCCUGGCGUGAGCCGGUCGGUACCGGAACAGCUCUUCUACCGGAUUAGUCAUCACCACUACCGGAUGGACAUGACCGUUCACAAGACUAACACGCACAGCCAGCACUGAACACGGAACAGUGAUGGAGCACAGCACGGAAC